AUGGGAGCGCCUCAAAAUGUAGAGGUUAUGUGCUCACUUGAGAAUGAAUUCUCCACUCGGAAUGAUGCAAUCGAGUGUAACCUGAGAGAAUUUCGCUCCAUGAAUCCUGCGUUUGUUGAGGGAUGUCUCCGCUGCAUGGCGGAAGUUGCUUUUCAUCGGGGCCACGUGUCCAUUUUGGAGUGGAUUGGUCAGUUUGACAUCAAACUCCUGUCGACAGUUCCCAUUCACCGAGCUGUCGCUAGAGGCGACCUUGGAGUGGUAAAAUGGCUACACCAGAAUUGUUUCGAGAUGUUUGAGCGCGAUUUGUUACAGGUAGCGGUUCGAAAUGGGCACAUCGAGGUAACUUGCUGGCUUUCGGAGCACGGGUAUGAUCUGAACGCACCUGAUUUGGUCCUACUGGCUGCAGAGAGCAAAAUUGUGACUUUGGUACGGUGGCUCCUUGAGAACGGGCCCAUGCUUGAUCUACCUACAGCUGCAACAUUGGCUAGAACUUCUGAGUACGUGGAGGCCAUGUGGUGGGUUUCCGAGCCCGUGCGCGUUCAAUUGGUACUCGAGGCCAUGCAGAAUGAGAAUCACAACUUGUUAUGGUGGCUGUUGACGCGAACAAGCUUCGAGGAAAAGGCGUCGCAGAUGACGAUCUCUAGUGCUAUUGCUCAUGAUAUAGGCUCGAGUAUGAGAGAAUGGCUUUUGGAAAACAUCGACAGCGACGAAGUCUGCCAAUGGUGCUUUUCUCGGAAGAAAAUUGCCUUGUGGGAUCAAGACGAUACGUCCAGCCCCUCUGCAAAACGAGCUCGCCAAAGCUAG